AUCAGAUUCACCACGAGGAGUGUUGUCACCAUGAGAGACUGUUGGAAGGAUCGCCACGUUAUUCACUCUGUCGGUCUGUCUCUCUGCCAGUCUGUGUGUGUCUCUGCCAGUCUGUGUGUGUGUCUCUGCCAGUCUCUGUGUGUUGAUCCGUAAAGAACAUUGUGGAGUGUGGACCAUGAAGCCGAAUUGGAUUUUACAUCCAAAUCAGCAGAAACAGACAGAAGAGGAACUUGGGACGGGAGGAGCGUGAUAGCUGGUGAUCUCUGAUGAAAACGAGCAGCAAUAACAGGACCCAACCAACCACUCUCACUGAGGAAACGAUUAACCUGUCGUGGUUUAUUGACCUGAACGGACAUCUGAAGAAUAUUCAAAUGGACCUCCCUUAAUAAAGGGAGGUGUUCAGGACCUGAUAGAAACUGGUCAGCACCAAAACAGAAUCUGUUACUGGAGUAACUGGUCAGUACUGAAACAGAAUCUGUUCGUGGGGAAACUGGUCAGUACUGAAACAGAAUCUGUUCGUGGGGAAACUGGUCAGUACUGAAACAGAAUCUGUUCGUGGGGAAACUGGUCAGUACUGAAACAGAAUCUGUUCGUGGGGAAACUGGUCAGUACUGAAUCAUCUUACAGAGGAACCUUCAUCACCAAAAACAUCAUUUCUUACUGAAGAAAGUGUUCAGCAUGGAACAUGUCUCACUGAAGAAAGUGUUCAGUACCAAAACAACUCCCUGAGGAAACUGUUACAAACCAAUAUAUCUCUUACGGAAGACAGUUCAGUCCCAGCGAGCUGAGGGGAGUCAGGAUGUUCGGUCCCCAGACGACAUUAAACCCAGAUUGGAUUUGGCUUCGCGUCUCAUUGUGGAGUGGAGGAGAGAAGAGGUUUCUAUUUGUGCUGAUAGUGUGUGAUCGAUAGAGAGAGGACGUCAUCGUGAGAUGGCUGAUAAUUCAUCAACGCCAGCAUUUAUAGAAAUACAGAAAUAUGUCAAAUAAUAACAAUGUCUCAUCAAUGUAAUCAAUCAUCAAUGAACAGACAGUGGACUUAAGAUAAAGGUGUGGAUUCAGGAGAAUGAAAGUCACUAGUUUGGAUGUCAUAUUCAGGGGAGCACAAGUUGUACAGAGAGGAUAAGGGAGGACAAGUCUCAGACCCUGGCAAGAACAUAGACACUCUUCCUGUAUUGAUUGAGAUUGAGUGAUUUGCGCAACAUGCAAGCGCAACAGGUUAGGUUUGGGCAUGCUAGCGAUUGGUUAGGGUAAGGUUAGGUUUGGGCAUGCUAGCGAUUGGUUAGGGUAAGGUUAGGUUUGGGCAUGCUAGCGAUUGGUUAGGGUAAGGUUAGGUUUGGGCAUGCUAGCGAUUGGUUAGGGUAAGGUUAGCUUUGGGCAUGCUAGCGAUUGGUUAGGGUAAGGUUAGCUUUGGGCAUGCUAGUGAUUGGUUAGGGUAAGGUUAGCUUUGGGCAUGCUAGCGAUUGGUUAGGGUAAGGUUAGCUUUGGGCAUGCUAGCGAUUGGUUAGGGUAAGGUUAGCUUUGGGCAUGCUAGCGAUUGGUUAGGGUAAGGUUAGCUUUGGGCAUGCUAGCGAUUGGUUAGGGUAAGGUUAGCUUUGGGCAUGCUAGUGAUUGGUUAGGGUAAGGUUAGCUUUGGGCAUGCUAGCAAAGUGGUCAAGGUUCAAGAUAAGGUUUGUAAACAAAAACACGCCAAAACAACACACCUGGAUCCAAACCGCAUUACAGUCCUGGAUUCAAAGUCCUGCACACUACGACCUCUGCCACCCUGUUUCCACUAACAGGCUGGGCCAAUCGGAAUGGACUGGGAUCUUUGAAUGCCCAGACACUGAUUGAGACGGUCCAUGCACUGGCUAUUCCAACUCAACUGUAAGCUAACAUAACCAGCGACGCAGACUUCAAAUGGACACUAUGAUGUUGUGUGUAACUGGUUUGAGGAGUGUGAGGUGGACGGCUCGGCCUGGUCAGAGGAGUGUGUGCACGUGUGUGACGCAGGUGGUUCUGAUGUGUCUGACUGUCCUGUCUUCCUGUCUGUCCGUCUGGGCUGAAGACCAGAUCAUCUUCGACCACCAUGCUGUCUACUGGAACAGCACGAACCCCAGGUUCCACCAUGACUACAGGGUUGCGGUCAAUAUAAAUGACUACCUCGACAUCUACUGUCCAUUCUACACCAACGGCCCUCCGGCUCACGGUCGAAUGGAACGCUAUAUCCUGUUCAUGGUCAACCAUGAGGGGUACACCUCCUGUCAACACAGGAUGAGGGGGUUCAAACGCUGGGAGUGCAACCGUCCUACCGGUCCUGACGGUCCCCUGCGCUUCUCAGAAAAGUUCCAGCUGUUUACGCCUUUCUCCCUGGGCUUCGAGUUCAGGCCAGGACACGAAUACUACUAUAUCUCAUCUCCUCAUCCCAACCAUGUAGGGAGGCCAUGUCUGAGGCUGAAGGUGUAUGUCAGACCCCCAGGCAGUUCAGGGUUUGACUCUCCAGAGCCCUUUCUGACUGAUGGAGCUGCAGACUGGAGCCCAAAGUCCCUGCUAGCCCCAGCCCUAAUGCCCAGCCUGGCCUCACUGCUACUGGGCUUCCUCUCAUCGCUGUGACCCCCCUCCACUGGAGCAAGACCUAGACCAGUCUUUGCUGGAAGACUGCCUGUAGGACUGGCUGGCUGUCCCUCAAACACCCACACGCUCAGGGAGAAACUCUCUUUCAGUCCUGGAUUAAAAACCACUGUGGGUCCCCAGGACAAGCAUUUACAGCUCCUGGGCUAAUUCAUGGAUGAAGAGCCCCUAGUCUAAACUUAACCCUAACCCCCCUGGGGUGUCUGAAGGAACAUGGAUGGAUGGGUUGGGGGGGGGUAGUUGGCUGGACACACACAUGCAUGACCACUGUGAAUCUGGACUGAACUGACAGUUUCUGUUAUGUUUACAUGAUCACAUAUAAUUUAACUGAAGAUGGUUCCACUGAUGUCAUGGUUAUAUUUGAAAUGGACACUUAAUUAGACUUCCAAAGUGCAGAUUCGGAUCUGACACUCAGAAGCCUUCUGAUGGACAUAGUUACUGCUGCAACCCCCAGCCCACAGAGGGAAGAGGAGAAGGAGGGGGAGAGAAAUAAACAAAGAAAAGGAGAGAGAAAGAAAGAGAGUCUCGGGACCGAGACUUCUUUAAGAGACUUCUUUAAUGUCGGGAGGAGAACAUAAUGAGAAGGCACUGUGUUCACACACACACACAGACAAACAAGAACACUGACACGUUUCUACCCUGUUUCAUCUUAUUUUUGUUCCGUUUAAAAGCACCAUCAAAUAUUCAUGAGAGAGAGAGAGAGGAGAGAGAGACAGAGAGAGAGAGAGAGAGAGAGAGAGAGAGAGAGAGAGAGAGAGAGACAGAGACAGAGAGGGACCGCUAGAUGGAAAGAGAAAGCAGUGUAAAUCCAUCCUAACCCUGUGGUUUUGUUGAGGUCGUGUUGUGGCAGUGUUUUAACCAUGUUGUUGUGUUGCGGUCUAGGUUGCGGUCUAGAGAGAGAGAGAGGAGAGAGAGACAGAGAGAGAGAGAGAGAGACAGAGAUAGAGAGAGA